AUGAUGGGAGAUCAAGAUUCUGAUCUUUCUCCUCCUCCUCCUACUUCCUCCACCACCAAUCCUUCCGGCAACAGCACCGCUCCUCCUUCAAUACCUCAACAUCUCAAGUUUCUUGUUUCCAACCUCAAGAACUUGGUUCCUUAUUCUCUCACGUCGGACAACUACCAGAUUUGGAGAUUACAACUUCAGCAACAAUUCACGGCCAACGGCUUCGCCGGCCAUCUUCUUGGCACAACUACGGCUCCCGGCGACACCUCCUCCGUCGAUCACACCAACUGGCAAAUGAUUGACAGUAACCUUCUUUCCGCCCUGUUUUCUACCAUCUCCCAAGAAAUUCUUCCCUACAUUAUCACUUCCAAGACCACUCACGAGGCCUGGUCCGUUCUUGAAAGACGGCUUCAACCGUCGAGCCGUUCGCGUGUUAUUCAGCUUAAAAACGAAUUCUGCUGCUCUCACGAUCAAAUCAUGAAGAAACCCAUCUUCCUGAUCUUCUUCCUCCACCUCACCACCUCCCUCCUCUGCUCCGCCGCCCAUCUCCCCAUCAUCGCCAGCCAUGGCGCCCCCCGCGACCGACACCAAGCCUAUAUCAUCCACGUCCUGAAACCCAAUGAUACCGACUAUCUCUCCGACGACCAUCGCCUCCGCCACCAUCUCUCCUUCCUCCCCACCACCUUGCUGGACUCCGGCGAGCCUCGCCUCAUCUACUCUUACUCCCACGCCAUCAGCGGCUUCGCCGCCCGUCUCACCCCCGACGAACUCCAAUCCAUACAAACCAAACCCGGCUUCCUCUUCGCCAUUCCCGACCAGGCAAAAGUCAAGCCGCACACAACCUACACACCUUCCUUCAUCGGCCUUAAUUCCAACUCCGGCGCGUGGCCGGACUCGAGUUUCGGUGAAGGGAUCAUCAUCGGGCUUAUUGACACCGGCGUGGAUCCCUCCCACGCGAGCUUCGCCGACGACGGGACGAUGCCGCCUCCGCCGCCGAAAUGGAGAGGACGAUGCGAUUUCCUUGCCGGAGUUUGUAACAACAAACUUAUCGGGGCUGUAGCGUUCGAAGAAGGAACGCAUCCGUCCCCGCUUGAUGAUCUGGGACAUGGGACGCACACGGCGAGCACGGCGGCGGGAACUGCGGUGAGGAACGCGAGCGUGCUUGGUCAGGCGGCAGGAGUAGCUACUGGCGUGGCGCCGAGGGCUCAUUUGGCGGUUUAUAAAGUGCUUUUUGAUGGUUCGGGAACGUUCUCGGACAUUGUUGCGGGGAUCGAUAGGGCGAUCGCUGAUGGCGUCGACGUUCUCUCCAUGUCUUUAGGUACCGAUCCCAGCGAACUAUAUGACAACAGCUUAAUCACGUCCUCCUUCGCCGCCAUGCAGCACAACGUCUUCCCCUCCACCUCCGCAGGUAAUUCCGGUCCCUUCCAAAGCUACAUCACCAACGACGCCCCCUGGAUGCUCACUGUCGCCGCCGGUACCACCGACCGAAGAAUAAAGGCCACUCUUUUACUCGGCAACAACAAGACAUUCGACGGCGAGACAGCCUACCAACCAAACAUCGCCACCAUCCCCUUCACAUCAAUAGUAUACCCCAGCGACUGCUCUCCUUCAACCCUCGCUAAAACCGGCGUAACCGGAAAAAUCGUAGUUUGCUAUCAUUCAGACGUUAUCGUAACCGGCUCCAACGUGAAGGACGCCGGAGGCGCCGCCAUGGUGUUGCAGGGCCCGGCCGAGCGGGGGCUUUCGACUUUUUCCGACCCAAACGUCCUCCCAGCGGUGUCUUUAAACUACCCGGACUCCGACGCUGUUAUCGAUUACAUAUGGGCUUCGACAUCUACCGCCGUGGCGUCGUUGGAAUUCCGGGGAACGCAGUUCGGGGCCCCGAACUCGCCGUCAGUUGCGUCGUUUUCAUCGCGUGGGCCUAGCGACUAUAACGGCGGCAUCUUAAAGCCGGAUGUGAUGGCGCCCGGGGUUAACGUACUCGCCGCUUGGCCCAAGAGUGUCGGUCCAGACCAAAAAUCCAACCCGCCCAACAAAAAUUUUAACUUUCUAAGCGGGACUUCGAUGGCGGCGCCACACCUUUCUGGGGUGGCGGCGAUUAUCAAGAAACUGCAUCCUGAUUGGUCGACGGCGGCGGUGAAGUCGGCGAUUAUGACGACGGCGUAUGCAACUUAUCCGGACGGGUCAGCCAUUGCGGAUCAGUAUCCGGACAACCCUGCUCCGCCGGCGGCGUUCUUUGCGAUAGGGGCGGGGCAAGUUGAUGCUUCCAAGGCUGCGGAGCCCGGGCUUGUCUACGACGCCGGCGUUGAUGACUAUGUGGGUUACAUGUGCGGGUUGGGUUACAGUGAUGCACAGGUGAGCGCGGUGGUGCAAAGCAGUGUGAAGUGUGCGGCAGUGAAGAGUAUUCCGGCGGAGCAGCUAAACUACCCAUCAAUAUCGCUCACAUAUGAAGCUGGAAGAAAGAAGAAGAGCGUGAGGAGGACGGUGACGAAUGUGGGGGAAGCUAAGUCAAUUUACAAAGUGAAGUAUGUGGCACCGGCAGGGCUGAAGCUCACGAUUACUCCACCUGUACUCGAAUUCUCUAAGGUGGGGGAGAAGAAGUCUUUUGCGGUAGGGUUCAGGACUGGCGACGGGGCAUCGCCGAAGAGUGGAGAGGUGGCGCAAGGAGAGCUAAGCUGGGUGAAGGACAAGGUGACUGUAAGGAGCCCAAUCGUCAUCACAUUCGCGUAA